AUGAUUCCUAUUUACGUUGCCGUCUGUCAAAAGAGUGAAAAAUCACAAUGUCAAACGUCAAAACCUUUCAAGAUUCUUUUAGUAAUUUUGACAGUUCCUCCGCGAACUUGGUACAAACACAACAUGCCACGUGAAAUUAAAGAUAUCAAAGACUUCCUGUUGAAGGCGCGCAGGAAAGAUGCUAAGUCUGUGAAAAUAAAGAAGAACCCAGAGAAUGUGAAGUUCAAGGUGCGAUGCUCUCGCUUCCUGUACACGCUGGUCAUCACUGAUAAGGAGAAGGCAGAGAAACUGAAACAGAGUUUACCGCCAGGUCUCCAAGUAAAGGAAGUUAAGUGA